GCCAGCGGCGCUCCUUUGCUCGCCCGUGAACUAGCAGCAUCUUGUGGCUUCGGUAGCUGCUUCCUGCCCUUUGCAUGCAGAGAGAGCGCGAGGGGGACUCGUAAGUUCCCCUGCCUCCAGCAGACAUCGCUGCCAGGGCCUCGGAGCUCGGGCCGCCGCAGGGCAUGGACUCCCAGGUCAAAGAAGGACCUAGGACAGGGGCUGAUGGCUGGGACAAUCAGGGACCCCUCCUCUUCAGCACAUUUAAACCCAACGGCCUCAGCAAAGACGACAAUGCGGACGAGCCGGCCCAGCUGGACAGCGCCAGUGCUGGGCUCAGCAGGGCGCCAGCUGGGGCCCAGAAGGAGGAGCAGCCGCCUGGCUCUCAGAGGGACCAGGGCACCAACACCAGGGCCCCGCUCAGCUCGUGGCCGGCGGCCAGCGCCAAGCUGGGCUGGUCUCUGCUCGGGGACCCUGCGCAGGGAGCGGAGACGCGGGCGAGGCUGGGGCCCGGCCUGGACCCUCCCGAGGCCCCGUCGGCGCUGCAGGCCUGGACCCGGGCGUGGUUCCAGCAAACACAGGCGAGCCGGAUCCGCCAGCAGGGGGAGCUGCCGCCCUGGUUUCACGGCUUCAUCAGCAGGAGGGACACGGAGCAGCUGCUGCAGGAGAAGCCGCUGGGCUCUUUCCUGAUUCGCUUCAGUGAAAGCACGGUCGGAUUUGUCUUGUCGUACAGAGGCAGGGAUCGCUGCCGGCACUUCAUCCUUGACCAGCUGGAAGACGAAUGCUACGUGAUCCUAGGAGAGGACAGCGCCCACGCCGAGCUCCAGGGCCUGCUUCAGCACUACACCACCGCCCCCGUCACCCCCUACUACGAGUUCCUGACAGCACCAUGCCCCAGGAGCGACAAGAGCCGAGAGAGUGGUGGGAUCCCGGCUGGAGCCGAAGCAGGGUCCGGCGCCCCACCCGAGCCAGCAAAUGUCCCCCCAGCAGCAGGCGGCCAAGCAUACAGCCUGGUUCUCAGACAGCCCCAGGCGCUCGGCCAACAGACCCAUCCCUGCCCGCUGGCUGCAGAGCAAAGGAACCAGGGAUGCCCUUCCAAGGAGGCUCCCUGUUCCGUUCCCCUGCUCCCCGCCAAGGCUGGCCCCGCUCCGAGGCCGAGCAGCCCCGUGCCAGAGGCAGGGGCCUCUGCAGAGCCCUACGCCCACGUCAGCAAAGCGCCCGUCCCUGCCGAGCAGCCCACGCCGGCCCAGCCCGCAGAGGCCAAGUACCAGCAGCUGAUGCGCUUCCACACCUACGCCGAGCCCCGUGAGGGCUUCCCGCCCCGUGAACGCCACAUCUACUAUGAACCCGACGAGCCCAUCCCCUUCUAUGCCAUGGGGCGGGGCUCGCUGCCCAGCCCCGACCCCGAGAACGUCUAUGCGGAGGUAGAGCUGGCGUGCCGGUCCCGGCCCCAGGCUCUCCCCAGAGUCCUGCAGGACACAGCCUCCACCCUGCCUCGGGGCUCAUCCAGACCUCCCGCCGAGCCAUCCCCAGGACACCGCAGGCUCCUCCGGAGCACGUCGGGGCAGGGCUCCCGGAGGAAGCGGCUGCCUGCAGCUCUCACUGUCGAGGAGGGCCGGGGGAGGCCGUCUGGGCCAUCCUCGGAGGUGGGUACCACAUGGAAGGAAAAGUGGGGAGCCGCACUUUAA